UUUGUGCCACGUUUGGUAUUUCGCUGCUGCUCUAAGGAAAAUACUGAAGUGUGUAACUUUCUUCGGGAUGACCACGAUACUGCGCGUGUGUGUGCUGCUGGCUGUUCUCGCGCUGGGUGCCGGAGAGGAGGGCGCGCGGCUGCUGGCCUCCAAGUCCCUGCUGAACCGAUACGCCGUGGAGGGCCGGGACCUCACCCUGCAGUACAACAUCUACAAUGUGGGCUCCAGUGCUGCUUUGGAGGUGGAACUUUCUGACGAUUCCUUUCCUCCUGAGGACUUUGGGAUUGUGUCGGGAAUGCUGAAUGUUAAAUGGGACAGGAUUGCACCAGCUAGCAAUGUCUCUCAUACAGUGGUACUGCGCCCCCUAAAGGCUGGGUACUUUAACUUCACCUCGGCCUCUGUCAGCUAUGUAGCCCAGGAAGGAGGACCAGUUGUGGUGGGCUACACUAGUGCUCCUGGCCAGGGGGGCAUCUUGGCUCAGAGAGAGUUUGACCGGCGGUUUUCCCCUCACUAUCUGGACUGGGCUGCAUUUGGUGUGAUGACUCUGCCUUCUAUUGGAAUUCCUCUGCUGCUCUGGUACUCGAGUAAGAGGAAAUAUGACUCACCAAAAACCAAGAAGAACUGAGGGCCAGUUCCUGGGUUAAAGGGAUGGGGGGUAAUGGGGCACGGGAUCUGAUCCAGUCUGUACUUAAGCAAAAAGUAGAAAUGGACAGCACCAAGGAAAAUAACAUGAUCAAAAAAGCAGUAUCUGAGUAAGACGAGGUGAAAAGAUGGAAGGAAAAUGAUCAAUGUCUACAAUUUCUUAAUUUCUGAAUGGGUCCAAAAAACAUAACACCUGUGGUUUUCUACUUUUCCUGAUCUGUAAAAUCGUGUAAUUGUCAAUUUUGUGAUCUGAAUUUAAUGUAAAAUUCUAGAAUGUUCAAUUACAGAUAUGUUUUUCUUCUAAUGCUGCCUGCGUCUUUCUGUUUAUCAGAACCAAAAAUAAGAAUUGCUUUCAAAUGUGUCUUACAUUAUGAUUUCUGGAUGGCAAUGGGUCGUUGGCUUACUUUGUCCUGCUGCCUCUAGGGAAAGCUUAGCUUAUAUUGAUGUAAGGCAGACACAAAGAGCAGCAGGAGCUCUUUAUUGAGCUUACCUUUUUCUGGAACUAGCAUUUGUAAUAUUUCCUUGUCCAGUCCUAAAAGCUUUGGCAAACAACGUGGUGGGUUGGGUUUACUGUAUUAGGGCAGAUUUUACUCCACAAGAGGGGAUCAUUAAAAAGAUCGCCAGGUGGAGAUGAGCUCUUAGCAGCUUUCUCCUAAAAAGUACCCUGAUUUUGCAUCCGUUAUGAAUCGCACUGGGUAAAUAAAGUUUAAAGUCUAAUUCCUUUUUUUCUAAGACAAACUAAAUCUAUAAUACAUGGUGGUUUACAACGAUUUGAGCAUUUAUGUUGUGGAUUAAAAUGACAUUUUCUGCUA